CUCUUCUUGAAGACUACUACUAUAUACCCUUAUUCGCUUCUCUCUCUUGUUCUUCUUCUUCUUCUCGGUCUCGGGUCUCGGCAAGUACAGGGGGCCUCCCAACACGAGCAGGCAGUCGAGCUCCCUCCAACAUAUCUAAAAUCAAUCUGUUGUUCUUCCUUCAUACAUCUUUCAAAACCCGAAUUUUCAUUCACAGUAACCCUUCAAAUUGCAUACAUCUGUCGACUUUCGACUGUCGAUCCUCCCAUUACCCAAGAUUCAUCUCUCUCGUAAUCAAUCAGAUUGGAGCCUUCACUGAUUCUCGCUUUCAAAGAUGGUUCAAGUUUUUUCUUUUCACUUCAGAAUGCAAUAGGGCUUUUGCUGCAUGUGCCAAAUUGAAUCUCACACUCACAGUGAAUGCUUAUGGGUUAUGUUUGGUUUGAGUUCUCUAGUAGAAGCCUAUUUCGGGAUUCUGGUGAUUGUCCGCCCGGUUAAGGUUUCAAGAACGUUUAACAGGAUAAAUGGCCCUCCAGAAGUUUGUUCCUUCUCACAAUGUGCCUCCUAUAAAGUUGAAGCAGGCAACACUCUCCAAAAAAGGAAUUGAAAAAGUUCAAGUUACUAAUUCAGAUAGAAGUCCAAUGGAAGCGGAUGUUCCUGUUGACCUGAGAGAGGUCUAUUUUCUCAUAAUGCAUUUUCUGUCAGAUGGUCCGUGUAAGAGAACUUGUGGACAGUUCUGGAAUGAACUUCUUGAACAUAAACUUUUACCUAGGAGGUAUCAUGCUUGGUACUCGAGGAGUGGGGCACCAAGCGGUGAUGAAAAUGAUGAUGGUAUAUCAUUCCCAUUGAGUUAUAACAAGUUGGCUGAGAGAUAUCCUCAUAUCAGAAGUGAUCAUUUGGUGAAACUGCUAAAGCAACUGAUAUCAACAACUAUUUCCCCUUCCCAAGGACUGGGUGUUCGGAGCAGUUCCAAUGCAGCCACUGUACCUACACUGUUGGGAUCUGGCCCUUUCUCUCUGAUAGGUGAUCAGCCUAAGGUUGACGAUGAAGCUAAAUUUCCCCCUGCUAGCUUGCGAUGGCCUCAUAUGAAAGCUGACCAGGUGCGUGGGCUUAGUUUGAGGGAAAUUAGUGGAGGUUUUGCCAGGCACCAUAGAGCACCAUCUAUUCGUGCUGCCAUUUAUGCAAUUGCAAAACCAUCCACUAUGGUACAAAAGAUGCAAAACAUCAAAAAGCUUAGAGGGCAUGUAAAUGCUGUCUAUUGUGCAACUUUUGAUCGUUCAGGGAGAUAUGUUGUUACUGGUUCAGAUGAUCGUCUUGUAAAGAUUUGGUCAAUGGAAACUGCAUAUUGCUUAGCAAGCUGUCGUGGACAUGAGGGUGACAUCACUGACUUGGCUGUGAGCUCCAACAACACUUUGGUGGCUUCUGCUUCAAAUGACUUCAGCAUCCGUAUUUGGCGCUUACCUGAUGGGCUCCCUAUAUCUGUUCUAAGAGGCCAUACUGGAGCUGUAACUGCUAUAGCAUUUAGCCCUAGACCUUCCUCUGCCUUUCAUCUUCUCUCGUCUUCAGAUGAUGGUUCAUGCAGAAUAUGGGAUACAAGAUUCUCUCAGAUUAAUCCCCGAAUAUAUGUACCCAGGCCUCCCGAUUCUUCAGCUGGUGCUGCAAGAAGUAAUGCCCCAUCUUCAAGUUCUGGUCAACAGAAACAUCAGAUAUUUUCCUGUGCAUUUAAUGCAAGUGGAACUGUCUUUGUGACUGGUAGCUCAGAUACACUUGCAAGGGUUUGGAGUACCUGCAAAUCAAACACAGAUGAGUCAGAGCCAUAUCAUGAGAUGGACAUAUUGGCAGGGCAUGAAAAUGAUGUCAACUAUGUGCAGUUCAGUGGCUGUGCAGUGGCGUCUAAAGUCUGUGCAGCUGACUACCUGAAAGAAGAUAAUGUCCCCAGAUUUAGGAACACUUGGUUGAACCAUGACAAUAUUGUUACCUGCUCACGUGAUGGAAGUGCAAUCAUUUGGAUUCCAAGGUCACGUAGAUCACAUGGAAAAACUGGACGAUGGAUACGUGCAUAUCAUUUGAAAGUUCCACCGCCACCUAUGCCGCCUCAGCCUCCACGAGGUGGUCCACGACAAAGAAUUUUGCCAACACCUCGUGGUGUUAAUAUGAUUAUAUGGAGUCUAGAUAAUCGAUUUGUCCUUGCUGCUAUCAUGGAUUGCAGAAUUUGCGUCUGGAAUGCCAUUGAUGGUAGCUUGGUUCAUUCUUUGACUGGUCAUAGUGAAUCAACUUAUGUUCUUGAUGUUCAUCCUUUCAAUCCCCGGAUAGCAAUGAGUGCUGGAUAUGAUGGGAAAACAAUUGUGUGGGAUAUCUGGGAAGGGAAGCCUAUCAGGAUAUACGAAAUUGGACCCUUCAAGUUGGUUGAUGGGAAAUUUUCUCCGGAUGGCACAUCAAUAAUUCUUUCAGAUGAUGUUGGUCAACUAUACACACUGACCACAGGCCAAGGGGAGUCCCAACGGGAUGCCAUGUAUGAUCAGUUCUUCCUUGGGGACUACAGACCUCUUACUCAGGAUACCCAUGGGAAUGUUGUUGACCAGGAAACUCAACUUGUGCCUUACAGGAGGAAUAUGCAAGAUCUCCUCUGUGAUGCAAGAAUGAUACCAUACCCUGAGCCAUAUCAGAGCUUGUACCAGAAACGACGACUGGGAGCUCUAGGAAUAGAGUGGCGUCCGUCUUCAGUAAGGUUUGCUGUGGGACCUGAAAUGAAUCAGGACCAAGGCUACCAAAUGCCUGUGCUGGACUUGGAUUUAUUAUUAGCCAAUCAAAUGCCAGAAUUUCUUGAUCCUGUGGAAUGGGAACCAGAAAUUGACGUACAAACUGAAGAUACCGAUUCCGAAUAUAAUGUGACAGAGGAAUUUUCUUCAGGAGGUGGGCAAGGCAGUUUGGCUUCAAACCAAUUUGAUGAUCCAGAAUGCAGUGAAGACGACAGUUCCAAUGAGGGAACUUCUAGGGAUGGUAUCCGUAGAUCAGGAAGGAGAAAGCCGAAAGCAGAAGCUGAGAUCAUGACAUCUUCUGGUAGGCGUGUCAAAAGAAGAAACCUGGAUGACUAUGAGGAUGAACCAGUAAAAAUUAACCGAAACAGGAAAUCCAGUGGAAAGAAAUCUUCACGAAGAAAAUCGUCUUCAUCAAAGUCACUCAGACCCCAAAGAGCCGCUGCCCGAAAUGCUCUGAACUUGUUUUCUCGUAUUACUGGAGGAGUAUCCACUGACGGUGACGAUGACGAUGAUGAAGAAGAAGAAAGCAUGGAAGGCGAUUCAUCGUCAGAAAGUGAUGCGUCAUUGGGGGACCUUGGUAAUGAUGAAGAAUCAGGUGAAUCUUUGCCAAAUGACUUAUGUAAAGAUCUCAAAGGAAAAGAAGUUUGCUCUUAUGAUUCAGAGAAUGUGAAUAAGCAUGGCGAACACUCCACAUCCCAUAAAAAUACCAGCACCAGGAAAAAAUUGGUCCUCAAAAUACCUAUUAAUGAUUCAAACAAGGCUUCGUUAGCAGAUAAAGCAAAAUUUGAACAUGAUAAUGGCACAGAUCCUGUAAGCUUAUCAUCUGGAGCUCCACAUGAAACUAGUAAUGGGAAAAAAAUAUUCGUUCACGAUCCUGAAUACCCAGUUGAUCCAAACUUCAGUGAAGCUAAAAUUAGCAGAAGAGAGGAUCUUCUCAAAAGCAACCAUCACUUUGAUCUAUUUGAAGGAUAUGAUGGUAAAGCUAGGUGGGGAGGGUCCAAGGUUCGCACAUCCAAGAGAAUGAAAAUGGAGGGUUCCUUCACAUCUCUUCAGAAUGCUCAAGAUAGUAAUAGUGAUAAGGCUAAGGACAUUUCUAAUGAUCUACCAACUUCUCAAAUGGACAGUUGUGGAGUUCCUAUAAAUAUGGAAGCAGAAAAUCAUAUUGGGCAGACAGAAGAUAAACUGCAAUCUUGUGGGAGCGGUUAUGACAAGGUUCCUAGUGAUACAAUGUCAUUAAGGCUUAUUAAUAAUGCUUCUGACUUGAAAGAUAACUUGACACCAAUUUCGACUAAACUGAGAAUAAAGCUGGGUCAGAGUUCAAAUGACGGUGAGAAUUCUUCAUAUAUAAGAGUCCAAUCUUCAACUAUAGAUGAUACUAGAAAUGGUGAAUGUCAUCCACCACCUGAUAGCUCUUUGUUAGUUGAAAAAGAUACAAGGCAUGAAGCUUUGCAGAAGACAAUUUCAAAUGAUAGGAUAUUUAAUGUUGUGUAUAGAAGGUCAAAGACAGCGAAGUCCAAAAAUGACCUACAAACUAAGAAUGGAAGUACAGAAGCAACAACUUCAAAUGCCAAUGGAAGCUGUCAUGAAUCUGGAAUGGAUCACUCCGAACCUGCUUCUGCUUCUGCCGGGGUUUGUCAAACUCGAUCGAUGGGUUUGAGAACAACUGCCAUUGACGUAAAUGUGCCUUCUGAUGUCAAACUUGACGAUUCAGAGGAUGCAUCUUUUAGUGGAAAGUCAUCAAGCGGUGACACUUGCGACGAACAUAAAUCGGAGGAAUGGGGAUCAAGCACAAAGAUAACAACAGCUGGACUAAGGUCCCGAAGAAAGAGGAGGGGAAGUUAUCACUUUGGUGACUCGAGUCCACCCGACAGGAGGAAAAUUCACCAACCUGCAAAAAGCUCCUGGUUGAUGCUGUCUGCUUUUGGUGACUUGAGAUAUAUACCCCAGAAUGGGGAUGAUGUUGCCUACUUCAGACAGGGACACGAGGAUUAUAUAAGUCAAACUGGAGCUAGAGAUGCAGCCCCUUGGAAAACAAUCAAAGGAGACGUAAGAGCUGUUGAAUUUUGUAAGGUUAUUGGCCUGGAAUAUUCAACACGGCCUGGUUCUGGGGAGAGCUGCUGUAAAAUGAGAGUUCAAUUUGUAGAUCCAUCAUCUAGUGUUGCAGGCAAGUGUUUUUCGUUGACCCUGCCAGAAUUGACGGAAACGAGCGACUUCCUUGUGGAGAGAAGCAAAUAUGAAUCUGCUGUGGAGAGAACUUGGAGUUGUAGAGAUAGAUGCCAAGUAUGGUGGAAAAACGAUGACAGUGAUGAGGGAAGUUGGUGGAAUGGACGUAUUGUAAGUGUAAAACCUAGAUCCCCUCAAUUUCCAGACAGUCCUUGGGAAAUGUACGGAGUUCGUUACAGCAGUGAUUCGAAUGUCCAUUUUCAUAGUCCUUGGGAAUUCCGUGAUCACAAAAGUCAAUGGGAGCCGCCUCACAUUGAUAACGAGAUCAGAUCUAAAUUCCUUAACUCUCUUGGGAAGUUGAUUGAAUUAGGGAAAAGAAGCAAGGAUACUUAUGGGAUUCAAAAGCUGAAACAAAUGACACAAAAGACGAACUUUAUAAACAGGUUUCCAGUUCCUUUGUCUCUGGAAGUGAUUCAGUCGAGAUUGGAGAACAACUAUUACAGAAGAAUAGAGUCGUUGAAGCACGAUAUUGAAGAAAUGUUGAGGAAUUACGAAUCCUACUUUGUGAAAAACGCAGAGAUCUCAACAAAAGUUAGACGGUUAUCAGGCUGGUUCGAGCGGACAUUGUUAUCAUCCGAGAACAACAACGGUGGCCAUGAUGAAGAUGAUAGGUAGAGAAAGAGAGAGAGAUGAAAGGGAUUUUAACAUCAUCCGGUUUACAAAGAUUUUUCUUGUGUUUUAAUUUGUUGAUUCUUUGUUGAUCUAUCUUUCGUUUCUUUCCCCUGGACAGAUAUGACUUAGUGUUUAGGUAGAGAUUUUAUAUCAUAAUGGAUCAUUCCUUCCUUACGCUAACUUUCAUUGGAAUAGAGGAUUUGGUGGUAUAAUUCAUGGGAGAAAAUUUGGU